AAUUUGGAAGAUGUUCACAAUCACUAACUACACUCUCUCCUAAAAUGGCUUCCUCCACCAAUCAAUUUUGUCUCUUCCUUCUCCUCCUCACACUCUCUUCCUCGCUCCACACUCAUGCAAGAGACAGCCAAUUCUUCAACAAAGCCUCCGCCAUCCCCACCACCGCAACCGCCGUCCCCGACGCCCAACAACCCAAUUUCCUCCCCGAAGACGAAAACAGCUACGGCCUCUACGCCCACCACUCCAUCCCCACCGCGGCACAACCGCACCUCCCCAAGAACUACAACCCGGUGGCCUACGUCACCUUGCCGGAACACACCAACAACAAAUACAACGGCGGCUUCAACAGUGCCGGCGAUUUCCAGCCGCAAGGGAUGAGCGACACCAGAUUCUUGGAAAGUGGCAAGUAUUUCUACGAUUUAAAUACGGAGAAAUACAGCAGCAACCAUCCGUAUGAAAUCCUAAGGGAAGAUCAAACAAGAAAUGGAUUUUACAACAAGAAUUUCUAUGGAAAUAGUGAGAAUGCGUAUGAAUUUAAUGGCGAAGGGUAUCAGACUCAAGAUGAGUUUGAAGAUGAAGUCAAUAAUUUGCCUUGAUUGUUAUUUUGCAGUAAUAAUUAGUUGCGUGUCUUUUUCUUGCUCGCUGUUUUGUGAUGCUUAAUGUUGUGAAUAAAGAAUGAAAAUCGGACUAAUUCGAUCAUCUGCCUUAGUGUUGUACGUGGAAUAUUUGUAUACUGGGUGAGUUUUAAAAUGAGAGAAAAAAAUAUAUUUUCAUCCA